CCUGGAAAAGGAGAACGUUACUCUUCCAAUAAUGAUCAACUCAUCAGUACUUAAAAACAACCUGACCCAAGAGUCCCUCACAAUCAGUAAAGUGACUGUGUACACAAUGUGGAUCAUUACAGCCAUGAUAACAUUGGGAUUCUGUUUCUUCUUCUACUAUGUCACAGUGAUGCUGAACGCCUUCUUCCUAACACCAGAGCUCCAGCAGACUGCUCGCUACGUUCUGUUUGUUUAUAUGCUCAUUAAUGACACAUUGUAUCUAGUCCUAACAUUCUUCUUGCUUCUCUCUGCUGUAUAUGUAGUAUAUGUCCCUGUGCCACUAUGCUACAUUGUGUACCUUGUUUCUUCAAUCACAUUUAAAGUAACUCCAUACAACCUGGCAGCCAUGGCUGUAGAGCAAUAUGUCGCCAUUUGCUACCCACUGCGACAUGCCCAGCUGUGCACCCCACAGAGAGCCAAAGCUACUGUCACCAAUAUAUGCUUGGUGCUGAUGAUCCCAUAUGUUGCUGAUUUAUACGUCAUGUUCUUGUCAUUUUCCAAUAUAUUCAAUCUCUAUAUUAUGUGCUUUAAGGAAAACAUGAUAGUUAAUAAAAUUCAAUAUCUUAUUAGGUCCGUUGAUCUCAUCCUGUGUUUCAGCUCUGUGGGACUUGUCAUCAUAUUUACAUAUGUGAAGAUUAUGCUGGUUGCCCUAAAAGCAAGUUCUCAGACAUCUUCUGCCUCCAAAGCUGGGAAAACAGUUCUGCUCCACGCCUUCCAGUUUCUCCUAUGCCUGGCGUCCUUAUUGAAUAUGCUUACAGAGGCAUUUUCUCUUGAAGUAGCGGUGCCGAUACAAUUCAUAAACUUUUUUAUUUUCACCUAUGUGCCGCGAUUUCUCAGUCCUAUAAUCUAUGGAAUCCGGGAUGAUGUACUGAGAAAACAUUUUAAGAAAUCUUUACAAAAAUGUACCUUCAUCAGGGAAAGACUUGGUACUGGCAGUAACAUAAAGACGCAGAUGGGUGAGCGCCAAUAGACGCUGCUAAUACAUUUCUGUGUCUGACUCAGAAUCAGCCUCAUGGGCAGUUAAUCUUUCAUUUUCAUGCUUUCAGCCAAUACUGCAUAAGACAAGUAACAAUGACUGUCCCUGGUGCUGUUGUUCUGCAAAGAUUAAUUACUGAAUGACUUAUCAUGUAGCCACCAGUGUACAGAUGCCACAUAGGACGUCAUUUACAGAUGGACUUAAAAUCAAAUUACAGCUUUCUCAGGCUACUUUCCAUACAUGCCUGUUUUCUUCUGAUACGUGUCUAGGAAGCAUAUUACACAUGUGACUCUAAUCCAAAGGAGCUGGUACAUUGGUUUUAGGUAUUGAUUAGAUGUGGUCAAAGUAUAGUCUAGACAUGUCCUACCAAAAUGCUCCUUAGAUGGCAACCUAAGAACCCA